AUGAACUACCCAGCAUGGGAUGUAAACAGUUUGGACACCCUGGCGUUCACCUCCCAUUAUGAACGUCCCCUGAGCUUCCUCGCCCAUGAAGACGCCUCCUUGCCCCUCCAGCUUGCCCCCACUUCUCCUACAGGCAAGGAGGUCAUGGCGGAGACUGCGACCUGGCCAGAACCGAAAGCAGAGGUCAUGUAUGGCUUAGAAAAGGUCAUACAGUCUUUUAAAACUGAUGGAAAUUUGAGUUUUAAGAUUGUUGAUAGUUCUCGGCCAAGGAACAAGCCUUAUAUGAGGCUCACCACCACCAUUCAGUGCUCACACAAAAGAUGUCAGAGGCAACUUUACCAAGAAUGUAACCUGGUGACUUACUGUGUGGAAGACCAGCACCACACAGCUCUGGUGACGCUGACGAACGACUUGUGUUUCUACCCGGUCUUCAAGUGUUGGAAUUAUUGCAACAGGAGGUUCGGAAAAUGGCAAGAGAUGGUUUUGAGUGUGCUGGACGAGAUGAGAAACAUACUGUAUCAGACCACCAUCAACGUGCGGGUGUGUGAGAACGUGCGCCGAGACAUGUCCCAGUACAGGAAAGAGGAGGAACAGCUGUCUCGUAGGAGGAAUGUGGAUAAGAGGCAGAGAUCAUGCAGUCAGAUGGGAAACAGGCCACAGAUAAGCUCCCCUGUCACUGAAGGUCCCACGUCAGUCAAGCCUCGGUACUUCAUGGUCAAAAUGGAAGACAGUUCGCUGGUGGGCACUCUGGAGACCCUGGCCAGAGUGAAAGGGGACUUGGUGGAGAUCGACGCAGCUUGUAACCCCGACAGUUACUUCCACGCUGUCGGAAACUUGCCUGGCUGUCGUAACCAAGUGUAGUCUCUUUAAAAUGGCUUUGGAAGUCCUCCUGGGGGUGUUUUUGGGGGUGUAAAGGGGUGUUUGCCUUGCCCAGAAGUGUAGGCUGUUUAAAAUGGCUUUGGAACUCCUCCUGGGCGUGUUUUUGGGGUGUUUUUUGGGGUGUAAAGGGGUGUUUGCCUUGCCCAGAAGUGUAGGCUGUUUAAAAUGGCUUUGGAACUA